CUGGGCUCCAAGGGUACGGGAGACGACGCAUUCCAUGCGACGUCUGACAGCCAUAUUCUUUACCAAGCUUGGUGAGGUUAGCUGUAAAGUUCUAGUACAUGUGUAAGACCCUUUCAGCUUUUUGUGCUUGUGCUUAUCCUCGAUAGUCCCCUUUGAAGCACCCUGUAGGUGUGAGAGCAUCUCGUCGGGAACUCUACACGUAUGUGAAGCAAUUUCUCAAGAGGAUAACGUCAUGAUCUUCCAUUAAGGUCUCAGGUCAGCAGGCAGAGACAUCCCCAUGAUCAGGUCAUCAGCACAGUGGCCAUGCUCCCAGGUUCAAGACAGCUCCUGGUCAAUGCAGAUCGGUGUUAGAACGGAGUAGAUCGAUUGCCCUUCGGACCUUCCUUGUUGCUAAGAUCAAUGCAUACUAACCUGAGGAGUGAUAGGCGAAAAUGACGAGGCUGUAUGAGGCGUGGCAUGUUUCAUGCUAUAGUAUCUCACUAGCCAUAGCUCAGUAUCCCAAGCCCAAUAUCCGAGCAGGGCCUUCAUUGCCAUAUGCCAUCCUUACCUACCCCAGAAUCAUGCUAGAGGAUGUUUUAGGUUCCUGACGCAAGGAGCGAUGGCCACAUACCCAUCCGUGUCUCGGCUAUGUCCGUCACUGUCAAUCUGCUACAACCCCUAUGGGUGAUUGCGUUUCCAUGCUUGCCUGAUACACCCAUCCAAGAUGCACCAUGUGGCUGUACACAAAUUCCGACCCCUUACUUCUUUCAUAGUGCGAGACAUAUCAUGGAUUCCGGCAUAACUCGGUAUUUCUAUGUCCGGAUAACAAUAUAAUGAUUUGAUUACUGUACGUUAAGAUGGGCAAUGUACGUACUGUUUAGGAUAUGUGGGUUUGGAGUAUGUAUGUUAGUGUCCAAUGUGGGAUAGACAUCGUGGUUCCCAUAGAAGGAAGGGAAAAACACCUACUUCGCCAGCGCAUUAACUGAUAC